GUGCGAGAUUUUGGGCAAUUUUGGAGAAAAUCAAAGUAUUGGCAAGGGGUAAUAGAAAAUCAAAGGAAAAGGCAAAAUUACAGUGUUUGACGAAGAGAAGAAGCGAGGGAGUGGGGCGAUGGAAGCACUAAAGUUCAUAUGGGAGGGUGCAAUUCCAUUGCAGAUUCAUCUCCACGAAUCCGAAGUCACCACCGUCCCUCCUCCUCCCCCCGCCAUGGUCUUAGCUCCUCGGAUUGGCUACUUGCCUCUCUUGGCUUCUCAGAUCAAACCUUACUUCAGUAGUACGCUUCCUCCUGGAGUUGACACCAUUUGGUUUGAGUACAAGGGUUUGCCACUUAAAUGGAAUAUACCGACGGGUGUACUCUUUGAUCUUCUAUGUGCAGAACCAGAAAGACCGUGGAAUCUGACGGUACAUUUUAGGGGUUAUCCAAAACAGUUGUUGAUUCCUUGUGAAGGUGAGGAAAGCAUAAAGUGGAGCUUUAUUAACUCAUUAAAGGAGGCUGAUUACAUUUUCAAUGGGAGCAGUAAGAAUGUUAUGAGCCUGUCUCAACCUGAUCUAGUGGAGUUAUGGCGUUCUGUGUUGAAUGCAGGUGAUUUGGAAGCCUACCUACAUAUAUCAUCUAAACUUAAGCUUGGAGGAACUGCCCACGAGAACGCGUUGAAAUCUAUAUCAACUGUAUCUUUACCUGGUCAAAAUACUGAUGAGGUGGAUAUAGCAGGACAACUAAUAACAGGUCGAAUUCCAGUCCGAUUGUAUGUAAGGAAUGUUGGUGAAGAUCUUGGCGAUUUAGAAGAUGCACCACCAGUUAAUAAUUGGGAUGAUGUCUCAUACAUCAACCGUCCUAUACAGAUUAAUGAAGAAGGCAAGUGCUUCACCUUAUAUGAUGCUGUUAGGAGUCUGUUACCCGAGCUUUUCCCCAAAAAGUCAACUACCGAGGAGGAACCAUCAACAGUUGUAGGCGAGGAAGCACAAAGUGAUCAUAGAGAACAGUUGCAUUGUUCAAAAGCAGAACAAAGAGAACCAAUUUCUUGUGAUGAACAUUUGCAAACUUACCAUCCUAGCAUCAAGCUUGUCAGGAUCCAAGGGAUUGAACCAAAAUGUCAAAUUCCCUUUUCAUGGGUGGUGAACAACUUAAUGAACCCUGAGUACUUUCUUCAUAUAUGUGUAUUUUUAUCAGUCCAACAAGUAAACAGAUGCUAAGUUAUAGGACCAAAGAAGAAGCAUAGACCAAGUAGGUAUUUCCAUUCUUUCAUUUGUGCUGCUGGGGCUUUUUGGACAAUUUUUUUGACAUUCUUUUCAAAGUGAACUACUCUGUAAAGUUGUACAGAACAUAAAGUUAUCAAUGUAUAAGUAGUCACCCAUUUUGUUUCAA